UUCUCUUGUAGUUGUAGGGACCUAUGCCGAAAUUUUGCGCACAAGUUCAAAUUGCUCAAUUGAUUUGGUCAGUUUCAAGAUUACUUCUGGUGCCAAAUUUGAUGAUUCUGAGAUUAAUUUCAAUUUCAUUAAGAAUAUUAGUGUAAACAGGGAGAAUUUGACUUUCUCUAGUUAAUACUUCUCCUUUUCCUUCCUGCUUAUUUUGUGAAAAGAGACUAUAAAAUAACUUUUCAUCUAGAAUGAAACUUACUCAAAAUCAAACAUGCUAGAGAUACGGAGCCUGGACAGUGUCCUAUUGUUGAAGCAUCUUAAUGUCUCCAUUUGACUAAAGUUGAAAUGGAAAGUUUCCUUUUAGCAACAAUUCUUCGUCUAGGAGUCCCUCUAGAAAAAGGUGCAUAUGUAAUCCUCGAAGAACUUCUUUUUCCCCUAUUAACCAUUUUUCUUUUUUUUAAAAUGGUGCUUCAAUAUUUUGCCGGUAAAUUUUCGAGCGCCCUUCUAAUUCUUCAUAUCUUCUCAUGUAAGUAAGUUUAUUUUUGCUUAAUGAGAGGUGCAUAAUUUCAAUUUCAUCUUCAUGUUUUGUUUGGUGUCGUCUGACAUGAUUUAAAAUUAGCAAAAGGACAAUAUUUCCUUUUGGAGAAUAAGGUCGUUUGCACGACUGAUGCCCAUUUCUUCGUAAGUUGCACUUUGUCAUGGAUUUCCUCUGCACCUAAGUAAUGUUAAAAAAAAAAAAGAAAUAAUUCCUCUCAAACAGAAACUGAUAAAAAAAAAAAGAAGAAAUAAUUCUCGUCUGAAAAACUUUGAACAUAUAUAUCACGCCAUCAUUCUUCAAAACCUCUCCUUAGUCUUCUACCAUCGAAAUAGCAUUUCAUAUCCACACUUUCUGAUUCCAAACACUUUUGGUUUGACAUUUUCCAGUCUACCUCAAUUGAUUACUGUAUUAUAUACACUUCAUGUAUUAUAUUAAUUAUAUCCACGUACUUCUAAUCCUUACACUAUAUUUAACAACAACAAAAAAACGCUAUAAAUAUCGGAUCGAAAUACUGUUUUUGGCUACAUGUGAGUUCAAUAUUCGCCCCUCCUCUGCUCGCAUAUCCCAUCCGUUUUAGCACAGAAACGACUUUAAAAAGCCCUGCACGCGUCACGCGAGUUUCACGCACUAUUAGAAUAUUAGCAUUAUUACGUAGGGACAAAACAAUCACUUGCAAGUAGAAAUAGUCGAGCAAAACACUUGCACUUGAAGUCAAAUAUAAAAUAAUUAUAUACAUGCAUGUUCUUGAUUAGUUUAUGAAUUUAACAUCUCUUCUUUAUAGAUUUCAAAACUUCCAAGUUCAUUCUCCCCAUUUUCCAUAGCACAUACGCUAACUAAUGAAGAUGAGGUGUUCAAUCAUAUUUCUUUGCAUUCUAGCUUAUGCGAAUGUGACAGUUUCAGAGAAAUUGUCACCCUACGAUGUUCUCGAGAAAUAUGAUCUUCCAGUGGGUCUUCUUCCGAAGGGUGCCACGGGGUAUGAACUAAACGAAAAAAAUGGGCACUUCACAGCGUAUUUGAAUGAAACGUGCAUCUUCGGCAUAAAGUCUUAUGAGCUUAAGUACAAGUCCACCAUCAAGGGAGUGAUAUCUAAGGGCAAAUUGGCGAAGUUGAAGGGUGUUAGUGUGAAGGUUGAAGUGUUGUGGCUCAAAAUCGUUGAGGUUACUCGUGACGGCGAUGAUCUUCAAUUCUCUGUGGGUAUUGCUUCUGCUGGAUUUAGCGUCGACAGCUUUUCGGAGAGUCCUCAGUGUGGAUGUGGAUUCGUUUGCAACAGUUUCGAUAAAAAUGGUGAUGUUUCUUCUCUUUAGAUUAAAUCCAACAGGAUAUAGAAGAAUUCCGAUCUGUUGCUUUGUUUUUUCCGUCCUUAAUCAUUGAUCAUCAUGUUGUUGUCCUUCGCAUGAAUUAUGGCCUAUGGUGCUUUGAGGUAGACACUAGACAAAACAGCAUUACAUAAAUCAUGAAAAAUUAGUCUCCAUCAAUUUCUCAACAUCAUGUGCUUUUUGAGUUUCAAUCCAUACGAAGAGUGUCUUUUAAAAGUGUAUUAUCAGUUUUUUAGAUAAAAAAUAUCAUAAAUGAGUAUUUAUGUGAUAUACGUACUAUUUUUUUUUUAUAAAAAUAAAUAAAUAAAGGCAAUCAUGCAGUGGUUGAA